CGGGCAGGGAAUCCCGGAGCCCGGGUACCCCCGACCUUCCCCCCUCCCCAAAAAAGGAACCCGGAGAUUUUGGGUGGCUCCCAGCCCGGAGCUGAUGCGGUUUUAGGGGAGGGGUCUCUCCAGGGUCUCUGCUGCUCCAGAGCCCCCCCAGUUUGGGCCAUGAUGGACACGGGGGACGGGGGGGGACGCAGCCCCCCAGGGCUGGCACAGGCCCAGCACCGCCGGGAGCUGCAGGAGGAGCUGCGGGACCUCAGCAACCAGGUGGCGGCGCUGGGGCGGAGCCUGGCAGCGGAACGUGGGCGGAGCCUGAUGGAGGGCGGGGCCUUGAGGGCGCUGGAGAUCGCGGUGGGCGGAGCCCAGGCCCGGGUGGGCGGAGCCUGUCGGGCCCUGGACAGGGCCAAGGAGCGGCUGCGCCUGCAGCAGGAGGCGGGGCAGCUGCUGUGGGCGGAGUUGGAGGCCGCUCGUGCUGCCAAGGCGGGGGCGGAGCUCCGGGCUCAGGAGGCGGAGUCUCAGUGCCGGGCUCGGGGGGCGGAGCUGGAGCGACUGCGCCAGGCCGUGCAGGCAGCCCAGCACUCGCGGCGCCGGGCGGAGCAGGAGCGUGACCAGGUGGCGGCCAAGGUUGGCCACGCCCCCCCGGCCAGCGCCCCCGCUGGGGACCCCGGGGCGCUGCAGGCGGCGCUGGAGGAGCUGCGGGAGCACAACCGGAACCUGCGGGAGCGGCUGGGGCAGCGCCUGGGACAGGCCGAGGAGCUGCGCCGGGCGCUGCUGGCCGCGGGCUCUCGGGCUCAGGCGGCGCAGGCGGCGCUGGCCCGGCUGGAGCAGGAGCAGCUGCGGGCGCGCCUGGCCCUGUCCCGCGCCGCCCGUGUCACCGCGCGGCGCCUGCGGCUCGUGGUGGCCGAGGCCGAGGAGCAGCGGCUGCAGGGGGAGCGCUACCGGCUGCAGGCGGGUGCCAGCGAGGCCGCUGGCCGUGUCCUGGCUGACCAGGUGGCCGCGGUGGCCGCGGGCACGGCCCAAGCGCUGGCCCAGGGCCGGAGUCUGCGCCGGGAGCUCGAGGACGUCGGGGACGGCGCCGCGGCCACCGCGCGGAUUGUGGCCGUGCUCAGGGCGCGCCUCAGAUCCCCACAGAUACCUAUGGACCCUAUAGAACCCCUAUAG